AAAAAACAAUCACCUGUUAACCUACAUAAUUUAUUUUGCAUGCAAAGUUGGGUUCCUCUCACUACAUAAUAUCAGAACUCGACCACCUAUGGCCAUGUCUAUGAUUUUCAUCAAUUGUGUGAUUCAUCGUUCAAUCUACCUUUCCAUCACCCUCUUUCAAUUCUCUGAUCUGUGAUUAAACAAAAAAGGAAACAAAUAAUUAAUUUAAGGGGACGAGGAAUUAAUAUUUCUCAUAAACUUUGCGCAGUCAUGUGAAAACUCAAUCUUUCCAUCCUAAAACACUACGAAGUCUCUCGCUCGCUCUGCCCAGAAAACGGAACAGUAGUUGGGUUAGGUUAGAAGAAAUGAAAUCAUUUACGGAUUUGGGCUUAUCUCUUCAAUUGGUUGAAGUUUGUGAAAAACAACUCGAUUGGUAUGAUCCGCUAAAGAUUCAAGCACAAGUCAUCCCCCUUGCUCUAGAAGGAAAAGAUGUGUAUGCCAUUUCUCCACCACGUUCCGGUAAGACCGGAGCUUUUGUUCUUCCUAUUUUCCAGGCUCUGUUAAAUGCCGGACCCAAUCUAAAUCCAUUCUUUGCUUGUGUCAUCUCUUCCUCAAGUUACGUAUUUCACUUCACUUCUUAGAUACAUACAUAAUCAUUUAUCUCAUCACUAAUCAUAUUUAUCUUAACCAAACAAACCAACUAGGAACUUUGCUUUUGAAAUUGCUCGCUACUUUGAGGCCCUAGGUCAACACUUUGGCGUCAAGUUUGCUGUCCUUGUUUCGACCUCCGACAUGGAAUAUCAAACCAACAAGAUUUUACAGCAACCUCAUAUCAUUGUUGCGACUCCUGGAAAACUCGUCAAACACCUCAAAGACACCCCAGCAUUUUCUCUUCGUAAAUUAAAAUACCUGGUCUUAGAUGAGGCACACCUGCUGGAAUCGAAUUAUAAGCACAUUGAUAGACAACUUGAGUUUAUUUUAGGAAAGAUUCCUCGUAACCGGACAACAUUUCUUUUUUCAGAUUCAAAGACAGACAAGGUCGAUAUGAUCCAAAGUGUGUUUUUAAGGAAUCCUGUGAAGAUUGACGAAUCUAUUGAAUAUCCUGAGCAGCAGCAAUGCCAUAUGCCAGCAAAAGAUAAGGAUUGCUACCUUGCGCACACUCUCUCUCAAAUGGCUGGUAAAACAUCAUUAGUAUUCACUUGGGCUUAUGAUUUAUUGCUUCGUCUGGCUUUGACUCUAUUCUGGUUUCAAAAUCAUCCUAAUCAAUGGUUUUAUGAGUCAGGCAAAGAGACUUGAAGCCUUGAAUGCGUUCAAGUCUGGGAACUGCAAAAUUCUUCUUUGUAAUGACUUAGCUAGCAGGGGACUAGAUAUUCCAGCAGUAGAUACGGUGAUUAACUACGACAUACCCGACGACCCCAGAGAUUAUAUGCACCAUGUGGGACAGGCUGCUCCUACUGGAGUUGCCAUUUCCUUUGUGAGCCCAAAUGAGGCGAGAUGGUUUGAAAUGAUAGAGACACAUAUAGGGAAGAAGCUACCCGUGUAUCAGGCACAAAUUGAGGAAGUACUUCGUUUCAGUAACCGUGUUAGUGUGGCCAAAAGGUUAGCGGAUGAGGAAAUGAACAAUAGUGGUUGGAGGAGUGGAGGAUAUUUAGGAGAGGAGGAUGUCCGUAAGAUCGAAAGUGCGUUUUCAAGUAAUCAUGGGAAGGUGUUUUAUAUAUCUCCCGAAGUGUUGGAGAAACUGAAGCAGCAACAGAAGGAAAUUAUCUCGGCAACCGAAAACUCUGAAAGUUCAGCUGAUGGUAUCGAAACAAAUGAUGGAGUUGCUCACAAUGUUGAGCGAGUCUUGCGCUGCAGAUUCUGACAAAGUAUGGCCUUGCAGCAUCCGAAACAGAAUUGAAACUUUCCAAUGUGGGAAGCGAUGCCCUGAAGACUGCCAUUAAGCUCUUGAAAGAACUCCAAGCCAAUCAGAAGAUCGACGCCGAGGAUUUUACAGAUGAGUAACUCAAAGAACUUGUCAUAGCGGUUUAUCACCUCGGCUUCAGUGAGCUUCAAAAUUUCUUAUGUCAGGUCAUUGCUGAUAGAUUACAAAAUCAAAGCAAGAAUUUAUAUACAGACAUUUUUAGGGUUUCAAGAGGAAGAGAGCAAGCUAAAGGAGGAGGAUGCUUAGGCAUUAGAAAUGAUGAUUGAUGAGUUUUGGGAGAGGCGAAAGUGAUUUUGAAGACUUAAAAAUUGAUUUUUGGAUCCAGCUUCAAUGUAUUGCACAUUCUCUUUAUGUGAAGGAACUUUUAUUGUAGUUAUUUCAUAGUCACUUAAAUAUGCUCUGUAUAAAACAUCAAAACUUUUUCUAAUUACCGUUUCAAAAGACCUACCCAAGCAAAAUUUAGGACAGUGAUGACUGCCAUUGGUUAAUUAGAAAGUCAUAGAGAAAGGUAGAUGACUCUCUUUCGACUUUAUCCCACUUUCCUCAUUGCACUCAAAGAUAUCUUCUUGGUUUAAUGUUGAAACUUGGUAAACUAUGAAAAGUUAUCUGAUAGUGUGUGUCUCUAAUAAUCUAUGUGAAUAUUACUAGUUCUGAUUUCAGAGUCA